AUGUCAUUGCCUCAGUGUGAACCAGUGUCAAAGUUCAUCUUCAUCAAAACUUUGAAGACAGGCUCUAGCACAACAGGAAGUAUACUAUACCGAUAUGGAAUAACCAACAAACUAAUAAGUCCUGUCUAUCAAAAAUGGAUUCUUCCUGUUGAGAAUGGUAAUAAUUUAGAUAUUAUUGGAUAUAAUAACUGUUCAAACUUCACUGGCUUUAACUAUUUUUCCCAUCACAGCAGACUAAACAGGUCUUUGAUGGAUGAUGCGAUACCCGGGGCCAAGUACUUCACUAUUCUUCGAUCUCCCUACACCCAGCUAGAAUCUGUCUUUAGCUGGUUCAACUGUGGAAAAGAACUUUCUCAUUUUUCCGAUCCUUUCUUAGAGUAUGUCCAACACAACCACGAGUUCCUUACGUCUAGAGAUAAUUGCUUUCACCAACAGAGGAAUGGCCAAAUGUGGUCUAUGGGUUUUGACCAGGAGUUGCAAGAAAAUGAAACCUAUGUGCAGUUAAAAAUUAAACAAAUUGAUCAGGAGGUGGAUUUAGUCAUGCUCCUUGAAUACUAUGAUGAGUCAUUGAUUCUGUUGAAGAAACUUAUGUGCUGGCGCGACGAAGAUCUGAUUUACUACAGUACAAAUGUUCGGUCAUCUAGGACUACUUUAACACCAGUCAUCAGAGACACGAUUCUGAAAAGAAACCGGGCUGAUAUUAUGUUAUAUGAAUAUUUCAAUAGUACGUUCUGGCAAAAGGUUAGGGAUUAUGAUGGAAAUUUUGAAAUAGAUCUACAACAAUUCAGAUCAAAAGUUAAACUUGCCUCGAACAGAUGUUUACCAAGUGCGAUCGAAGUAAAAGGAAGCUUUUGCUGGCAACUAUAUAAUAACGUACCUCAAUUGCGAAAGUAUGCUAGGACACUCCAGUCAGAAUGGCUGAACUGUUAG